AUGGGGCCCCCUCUGCUCUUUCUGCUGGAGUCCGAAGCCUUUGGGGAGCCAACCCGGAGCCCAGCUAACCGCAAUCUGCGAGGGGCGAGCAAGACAGCACCAGCCGGCCGCUGUGGAGAGCUGGCCUGUGUGAUGCAGUCAGUGGCUGGUGGCAGAUGCCGGACUGCUGUGGGCCUGCGUCGGCGCGAGGUGGAGGUGCUGGAGGCGGUGCCUGCGCUGGUGGCAGUCCCCUGUGGCAGUACUUCUUUUAAACCCGCUGCAAGGCUGCCACGCUGA